UUAAUUCUGUGUUGUAAUAAUGACGGGCGGCGUGUUUCGGUUUAUGAAUUUUACCGUGAAAGAUUUGGGAAAAAGGUGGUUUUGUUGCACUAAAUGGUGACUUCUGUGAUGUGUGCGUGUAUAUGAAUGUUUUCGAGGGACAACGGAUAAUUUAAUUGCCUGUUUUCAAUGUCUGAUACGCAACCAUGACACUCGAUAACAGCCAAAUCAAACUUAUUUUCAAAAACCAAACGAUUUUCUUGACCGGGGCGACAGGGUUUCUGGGCAAAGUCAUGAUCGCAAAACUGCUAACAGACUGUGAAGGAAUUAAAAAGAUCUAUAUGCUGCUACGAUCCAAAAAAGGGAAAAACACUGAGCAACGCUUUGAAGAAAUUUUUGAGCAGCCUUGUUUUGAGUUGUUAAAAUCCAAAACUAGCAACUGGAAGGAGAAAGUUUCGCUAGUUGAAGGGGACUGUGAGGAACCUUUCUUAGGAAUAAGCGACGAUAAUUUGAAAAUUUUGAAGAAUGAAGUUAAUUUUGUUAUACAUCUUGCGGCGAAUGUAAGGUUUGAUCAGAGCUUGAAAAAGGCUAUUAGUAAUGUUAAAUCUACUGCAGAUCUUUUGGAAUUGAGUAAGGGCAUAGUUAAUUUAAAGUGUUUCGUUCUUGUAUCGACAGCCUAUUCCAAUUCUAUACAUUCUCACAUUAAGGAAGAGAUGUAUGAUCCACCCAUACAGCCUGAACUUCUAUUCAGUAUGGUGAAUGGUCUAGAUGAGAAUAUUUUGACAAAUCUUACUCCUGCAUUAUUAAGGAAAUGGCCGAACACUUAUGUGUAUAGCAAAUGCAUUUCUGAACAUUUAAUGAAAAGUGCAGCUAAAGAUUUUCCAGCCACUAUAGUUAGGCCAUCAAUUGUGAUGAAUUCACUUAAAGAACCACUACCAGGAUGGAUUGACAAUAUCUACGGUCCCAUUGGAAUAGCGAUCGGAGCAGGUCUUGGUAUCAUUAGAACCUUCCAUGGCAACCAUGACAUUGUGGCACAUCUCGUACCAGUGGAUUACGUUUGUAAUUGUAUUUUAGCUGCUACGUGGAAAACUGCAAAAGAAAAAAAAUCGGUUACUACAGUUUAUAAUUAUAUCGGGUUUAAAAGGAAUCAUCUUAACUGGGGACAGUUUUGCAACCAUUUGAAUUCACAGUACUGGAAAAUACCCUUGGAAAAUUUAAUUUGGUACAACGUUUUCAAUAUCAGGGGAAAACUGCACAACCAGAUUUGCACGAUCUUGUUGCACACGAUUCCAGCAUACUUUAUUGAUGCUGUUCUCUAUUGUAUAGGAAAACCAGUCAUUGCUGUCAAAGCCUACGCAAAAAUCGAUAAAGUUCUCUCGCUUAUUUCGUAUUUUUCUACCAACAAUUUUGAUUUUGAUGAAGCUAACGUACAAGAUUUGUGGACGGAGAUGAGCGACGACGACAAAACGUUGUUCAAUUUCUCAAUGGAAGACUUGCAGUGGAAAAAGUAUCUUUACAAUUGUGCUAUAGGAUUCAAGCGCUACAUCACGAAGGAACCACCUGUCUCCAGCACAAAAACAUAUGUAAAAUUAUUCACCGUUACCAUAGCCCAUUAUUUAAUUAUUGCAAUGUUCUGCUAUUUGUUGUAUAAAUUUGUAACGUUUCUUUUUUGAUCCCCAAUGGUAAAAGAGAUAAAAUGUUUGCAAGAAUAGCGAUACUAUACUCGCUUUAGUUUUAGUACUAUAUAUAGGGCUAGGUUAGAUUUUAGGACUGAAAAUACGAUGAUCGGUGAUUAAAAUCG